AUGAACAUUGUGGAUCUGGUGUACUGGCGCCACAUGUGGAGGACUGGUGUGGUGUUUACAGGGCUGGUAAUCGGUCUGGCCAGCUUGUUCCAGCUUAGUGCCGUCACUGUGGUCUCCAACAUCUUUCUGGGUGUCAUGUGCAUCACCUUCCCCCUCCGUUUUUAUUAUAAGCUCCUGGAGCUCCUGCGCUGGAACCCCGGGGUUCACCCCUUUCAGUCAUGUCUGGAUUACGACAGCUCUCUGACAAAUAAGGAGACGGUGAUGCUGGUGGAGGAGACGGUGCUGCUGAUCGCAUUUGCUGUCACAGAAAUCAAACGGCUCGUUUUCAUUGAAAACAUAUUUGACUCUAUUAAGUUUGUUGUGCUUCUGUAUCUGCUGACCUAUGUUGGCAUCCAAACUAACGGACUGACCCUGGUAAUAAGUGCUGUGAUCGCUGUUUUCUCCCUUCCUUUGCUGUACAAAAAGCAGCAGGUGCGGAUAAGAAGGAUUGCUAGAGCCGUCAGAGCUUUUCUAAAGAGAGUCAAAAGCCUGUUCUCCAGUGUGUACGAUUUGGCGAGGCCCCCUCCAGCCUCUGCACCAAAACCUGCAAUUUCAGCUGCGAAUGUGCCCAAACAGAAAGCCAAGUCAAAGUAACUGUGUUGGUCACGUAUUGAAAACACCCAGCUUUUAGGAUUUGGGGAAAGACUGGAAGGGCACAUCCUCUGGGGGGCGGCUGGAGGGGCUGCUCGUUUCCACUUCUCCACCAUGAUGUUUGUUUAUGGGAGCAAGAUAUAAUUGAUCCUGACAGCUUAAACAAAGCUGCCAUUCACUGAAGGAGAGAGAGGAUGAGGAGGUGUAUGAGGAGGGGAAUUUUAUUUACUGUGAUGCUCUCUGUGGGCAGCGUCUAAUAGAACCAGUUCACACAGUCAUACUCUUCGAGUGGGCUAUGGAUGGCACAGAACAUCACAGCUUUUUUUUUCUUUAAUAACAAGUGUAUUUUUACAUAACUAGUACGCUGUGUUCCUGUCAAACUGUGGAAGUAUUUAUAAUGAAGCCCUGCAGCAUUAUUGGUGCUUUUAUUAUAAAGCAUCAUUCAUUGUUAGCUUCAUAGAAUAAAAAGACAUGAACAUCGCCUGCUAUUAAUCAGCAUUAAUAGUGCUGCACUUGCUAAGUCGAGGAAAAAGCUUGGUAAGCAGCCAGCCCUACAACCUUUAAAAGACUUACAUGAGAAACAAUGAGAGUGUUCUCCUUUAAUCUUAGUGCUAAUCACUUUUAAUUAGAAACAAACAGUGACCUCAUAUUUGUGGGGAAGGCAGUUUGCUAAUAAAAAAAAAAGUACAACUCUUAAACAAGUGGGAGGAAUAUUGACUUUUGUAGUAAAUGCAGUUCAUUUUGAUUGAUCAAAACACAAAAAGGCACUUUCUGGAUAACAUCUUAGACUGUAUACAAAAGAUAGACAUAGCAACCAUGAAAUCACCCAAUGUUUUAAAAAAAAAAUUGCCAUGUUUUUUUAAACCACACGACAUGAGUGUGGGACGGUUUUCGUUGUGUAACUGGGUGACACCACACGCUCCCUGGCUAAUGACUUGUCAAUCAAAUGGUAAAGCAUUCCUUGCUUUAUUGUCCUUCUGGACACUAAUGUGGGUAAUAAUUUACAAAAUAAACUUGAUGGUGUAUUUAAUAAGGCUAAAAGUAGUGACUGGGCCAAUCAACUCUCUGUACUGAGGUCACAGAGAAAAAGAAGCAGAGGAACAUUUUCCCAUAAACUUCUGUGACUUUUUGCAACCAGUGGUGUCGCCCCCUGCUGGUACUUAGAAAGAAAUGCUAUGCUCUAACCAUUUAGAAGCUGGUUUACAGUGCAAAGAUAAAAAAACAACAACAAACAGAUGUCUAUUUACAGACAGGACUUCCAUUAGUUUCCAAAUAACCCAUUUCACAGCAGCCAUUUUGCUCUGAAAUACUAGUUAAAAAUAAUUAGAACUAAUCACAAUUAAUUAGGCUUCUGUGUCUAAAUACAACUAAACCGUCACUGUUGUUAUUAGGAAUAUGCCUAGUGUAUUAGGUGGCGAGUGGUAAGAGUGGUUAAUAAAACCCCUUUAUAAAGUGUUGAAAUGAGUGUUUUCACCACCACGAUCUUGGUGUUUAGAAAUGUACUGUAAGAACAUUGGUUGGGGUCAGAUUGUGAAAUUGCAUGCUCAUUGGCUAACGACUUAUCAGUCACAAGUUGAUAUUCAGUGAGAAUACCACGGGUAAUUCUCUUUUAGACAUUUUAAAUGACUAAAAUUUACAAAAACUACGUUAUCUUCGGUUUGAACAUUCAAAGAAAUACAUGUCUAAGGCACUUCUACACUGGCUUCACUUUUCUAACCUGGAAUAUAAGUCCAUUAUUAUUAAUUUGUUGUCUGCAAAACAAAACAACGAGGCCCAGAAGGCUCUCCAAAGCUACAGAGCCGGGUGAUCUUACAUUACUAGCAUGUGAUUCGCUGUGAAUAUAAAUAUGAGUACAGCGCUGUGUAGAGUAAUUUAGUAUUAUGGCUGUAUUCACUAAUCUUCCAUUGUUUUGAGUUACGACUUGCUAAGCUAUCACUAACUAGCUAAUCAAUUAUCACAUGUCCAUAACUGCAGGAACCAGAUGCUUAAACUGCUUUCAGGGAACAUUUGAGGAAGCCAUUAAAUCUCAGUUAUAGUCAAAUUUGGUGCAGUUUCAGGAAUUUCAUGGAAUUACCAGCACUGAUGGCAAAAUAGUGGACUUUAAUUUCAUUCUUCCCCCCCAAAAUAAUCAAUAUAUCCCCACAGCAUUACAGUUUGUGAAGUAUAAAACAUACUUUUUACACUUUUACCACUUAUCUAGAAGUAGUUGCUAACACAUGCUGUAAACAUAGAAAUUAGGUGACUUUGUACAAACAUGAGCACAGAAAACAACAUGACAUGUGGGCGAAUGGGAAAGAAGAGUUUGGGUGAACUCUUUCGUUAUUGUAGCAACCAGCUGUCAGCAGUGUCGAUUAAGCCUCUAACGCUCAGUGUUUUAGACCAUAAAAAAGAAGCUGCUGCUCAUACUAAUGUGUCUUAAUGAGCGUGUAAAACUCAUGUUGGAUAGUUAUGCUUUUAUUUACCCACAAUAUUCUGUCAAUUUAUUUUCAAAAGUCUUAUUUUUAGAAAGAGUAUUUUUUCUAAUCUUCAACCAUAUUUACCCACCUCUGCAGUAUACAGAGUAAAACUUGGAUAUUCUAAACAAAAACUGUUGAUUGCAUAAAUGAUGCAUUAGUGCAAUAUCAGAAUUAGUGUAGUAUCAGUGGUACUGCACACUUUGGGUGUGAAAUUAGCAGACUUUUUUCUCUUAGACACUGUAAUAACAACUAUCAGUAUAAACACAUGGUCUUAAAUAACAGCUGCCUAAAGUCAGGCAUCAUCUGCUAACCCAUGUUUUAGGUCUACUCUGUAUUUGUAAUGGAUUUUUUUUUUAUUGUGAUGUUCUAUUGUAAUUUUGCUCCCAAAUAAAAUCUUGUUUA